GUUAAAAAUAACUGAUAUCUAUUUAUGAUCAUCAGUAAUUCACUCUCAUGUCUCCUUCUUCUCUCCUACAGCUGAUGGUGUUACGAGCCUCCGGGUGCUGAUGUGGAACGGCUGUGUGUCUCUGGUUCCUGACAGCCUGGUUUUGCCCAUUUCAGCCUCUCACCAUGACAGAAUAGUCAGGGAGCUCCAAAUCCCAACAUCAGCCCCCAGUUGUUCUUGGCUUUGUGCUCGCAGCUCUUCAUGCACCCCCCAGCUGUUCUGCACCGACUACUGUCAGUCAGCAUCUUCAUCUUGCUGCUGUUCAAUCACAAACGCCUGGUCCUGCAUAGUUCCACCAAGUUGCAGGUCUAGCCUCGGACGGAUGGAUGGAUUAGACAGGGCAGAGCGAGAUAAACAGGUGGAACUCAAAGAUACAGAUGUACUGAGAAGUGACCCUGAGGCGCCGUCUUCCUCCUCCUCAUAUCUUUCUGAGGAUGAGACCAGAGCAACAUUUCCUCCUGCUGUUAAACUGGGGAGUAAACAACAGCGUCCUCCCUGGAGGUACUGGAGGAGAACAGGCCCAGAGCCACAGCACAGACAGCCAGGGGGUUCAGUGCCCAGAAGGGCAUCACCUCCUGCAAGAUUCGGCUUCCCUGCCCCACGGAUGAGCGCCUCGCCCAAUCACAGCUCUCUGUUUCAGACUCUUCCUGCUGCUAAAGGAAGAAGAGCGAACGUCAGAGAUGUUUUUGGAAUGACUAAGUUUAAACCUCGACCACCCGUGGGACUGCAGCCUUUCUCAGCCAACAACACCAGUGCUGUUUACACAUAAUGUCAGACUACA